AUGGCUGACUCCGAGACCCCCGUCACGUUGCGAACUCGCAAGUUCAUUCGCAACCCUCUCCUCGGUCGCAAGCAGAUGGUCGUUGACAUUCUGCACCCCGGCCGAGCCAACAUCUCCAAGGACCAGCUCCGAGACAAGCUAUCCACCAUGUACAAGGCACAGAAGGAUCAGAUCUCCGUCUUUGGUCUGCGAACACAAUUCGGUGGCGGAAAGACCACUGGAUUCGCUCUAGUCUACGAUUCCCCUGAGGCCAUGAAGAAGUUUGAGCCCCAGUACCGACUGGUUCGUGUUGGCCUGGCUACCAAGGCUGAGAGAGCGUCAAGACAGCAACGCAAGCAGCGCAAGAACCGACAGAAGACCCUACGGGGUACCGCCAAGGUCAAGGGUGCCAAGGCGAAGAAGGAGAAAUAG